CUGCCCCGCGACACCUGGUAAACGAUACGGCCUCUCUGCGCAUGCGUAAUAGCCUGCCAAAAAUCCCAACGCAGUCUCGCUUGACAACCAGUAGUGUUCCAAUCUGUCCAGAGAUAAAGUCAGAGCAGCGUGGAGCGGAGUGAAGUGGAGUGGACGAUUUCAGACGCGAGCAGCAUCGAAACCAAAAACAACAACAACAUGCCGAGGUCUUUCCUGGUGAAGAGUAAAAGGGCCCACAGCUACCACCAGCCCCGGUACCUGCACGACGACUGCAGUGGACUGGACCCUUUUCUGGCACACGUGUGCGCAGACACCAGUUGCACAGUUCGUCGGAUUCAUUGCUCUCCUCUGCUGUCAUUAGAUACCAAAUCUCAGGCGGGGUUUGAGUCCAACUUGGAGCCGCAGGAGGAUGUGAGCGGCGGCGCUGAUAGACUGUCCCCCGGGUCCAGGCUGCUGUCCCCGGGGUCGCUGUCCUCCAGCUCCCCGCUGAGCUGCGGAGGCAGCGUGUGUGACAGAUCCUCCGACUGUGAUUUCUGGCGUCCCCCGUCUCCCUCCUCCUCGCCAGAUUCAGAGAAAUGCUCCACUCCAGCAGCCGAGGACGGCCAACACUUCAACAUCCCGCUCUUUCCUUACUCCUGGACGGCGUACUCCGGCUCUGAGCUGAGGCAUCUGGUUCAGGGCCCAUAUCAUCGCCACCUCCAGGGCCCCAGGGAGCCUCGCUUACCCGUCAGCAUCUACGGCGCAGAGGACAGCGGCGCCGAGCCGCUUUACGCACAGCGGGGCCAGGUGGCCGGAUGCUACCAGGACUUUCCUUCAACGGCCCACCAAAUGUGCAGGAUGCGGGCCGGAGACGGGCUGUAUGUGGAUGUAAAACAGAAGCAACGCGGUGCGGAGAUCAAGUCUGAAAAUGACUUAAUUUGCUCUAACAUCGAGUCAAGUGGCUCCUAUAAGUGCAUUAAAUGUUCCAAGGUGUUCUCCACGCCUCACGGGUUGGAGGUCCAUGUUCGGCGGUCGCACAGCGGGACGCGGCCGUUUGAGUGCGGGAUCUGCGGGAAAACCUUCGGACACGCAGUGAGCCUGGAUCAGCACAGAGCGGUUCACUCGCAGGAAAGGAGCUUCAGCUGUAAAAUCUGCGGCAAAAGCUUUAAGCGCUCCUCCACGCUGUCCACGCACCUGCUCAUCCACUCGGACACGCGCCCGUACCCGUGCCAGUACUGCGGGAAGAGGUUCCACCAGAAGUCCGACAUGAAAAAACACACUUUCAUCCACACAGGUGAGAAGCCGCACAAGUGUCAGGUGUGCGGGAAGGCCUUCAGUCAGAGCUCCAACCUCAUCACGCACAGCAGGAAACACACAGGCUUCAAGCCUUUCGGCUGCGACCUGUGCGGGAAAGGUUUCCAGAGGAAAGUGGACCUGCGGAGACACAAGGAGACGCAGCACGGACUCAAAUGAGCACGCUUGGAUCCUUUGAAAUCCUGCACUUUUUAAAUGUACUCUGACCAUUCAUAUGGUCGUGUUUUAUUUGAUUUGAUUCUAUUGUUCGAUGCCUUGCCCUUAUUUCCCCUAUUGUUACAUGUAGUUAAUUAUUUAGCCUGAGAUAUUCUGGUUGAUUUUAUGGAAAUAAAGUUUAUUUAUAGAGUGUGUUUUUACAUGAUUAAUAAGUAUGAAAAAGCAUAGCCGUUAGGCUGUAAACAUAUGCUUUCCGAAGCUGCAUAUUGUUAAUAAUUUCUCAAAUAAAUUAUCACUUUUAAAUGA